AUGGCGCCCGUGAAACCGCACGCCCGCUCAGCGCCAGCGCGCAAAGCUGGCAUCGUGGCGAAGCAAAAGUUGACUGAAGUCUCGAAGGUCGGACGCAAGAAGAACCCAGCCGUGCCGAAGCCAAAAGCCAGACCAGAAGCGACGCUCAACGCCCUACCAGACGAGAUUCUGCUGAACAUCCUCAACGAGAUCCAUCCAGAAAAGCACUUGUACCAGAUCGAGAACGCUGGCAUCUACCUCGUCAACCACAGAAUUCAUGACGCAGCCAUGGACGAGAUUCCCCCUACCAAUCGAUUCUUCGUCCGCAUCGACGGGUGGGGCAAGAGACACCACGACCUUGAGCGCUUCCUCCAAGGCAACGACCUCGGCCGCGGGCCACACAGGCUUGCGGAUAGGUUCGCGAAGAUCACAUCGCUGCGCGUGAUUCAGCACGUUGGCAAGACCGAGACGACCGAAGCACACGUGCAGUAUGCCCUGCAUGUGCACCAGAAACUCAAAGAGGCCUGCAUUCCCAUGGGUGUGAUUCACUGGGAGAAGACCGAGGCCAGGUUCUAUAAGCAAUAUGAGAAGUCGUUGACUUGA